AUGAAAUGUGUUGAGUGUAACGCUACGGUUGAUUCUUUGUACACGGACUAUGGACGGGGGACGAGCAACAUUCGAGUAGCACAAUGUAGAAAUUGCAAGCAAUUUGCUGAUAAAUACAUCGAGCUAGACUUUGUAUUAAUAAGUAUUGAUGUGAUUUUAAUGAAGCCUCAGGUGUAUCGGCAUUUACUAUUUAAUUCUUUGUCUGCUAGGAACUUUCGUAAUGUGAUUAAUUUUUCCAUACUAAUAGUGUUAUUUGAUGUUUUCUUAAUUUGGUCACGACUGGAGAAGCGUGCAGCCGUUUUUCCCAACAUGAUUACAGAAACCUCUUUUAUAGCGCUACCAAUUGUGCGACAAUAUCUUUAUUUAUUACUUCUUUGUUUGGUCGAAACAGCUACUUACCAAACCUCUAUUAUUACUCUCAUGUAUUCGCUCAUAGGAUGGAAGCACUGGACGUCGGCCUCUGGAUCUGUCAUUUUGUCUUCCAGUACGAAGAUGCUACCAGUAUUUAUGGUGAUUUGGGACUAUGACAUUCCCGCAGCGGCCAUGAUUGUCGAAUGGGUUGUUCUCUUUAGUAAUAUGGAAGCACUUUCGAUUUUGACAGGAAAGGGUCGUUUUACGAAAAUUGGAAUGAUCGUUCUUCUUUCCAGCAUCCUACGUUCCUUCAUUGUGUACUUAUUCCUCCACCAUACUGCUUUAAAGACCAUUCAGCAACCAGUUGCUUGUGAAAGCUUUACUACCUACAAACAUCUAUUGUUUCAAAGCUUCCAGAAAAUCACUUUGACUGCUCAAACAGCGAUAUAA